AUGGGCCGGAUAUCCCGCGACCGGCGGGACAUAUACUACAGGCGGGCCAAAGAAGAAGGCUUUAGGGCUCGUUCUGCUUACAAGCUGCUGCAGCUGGAUGACGAGCUGCACUUCUUGUCUCCUCCAAACUGCUGCUUCUCCAGCAGCUCCGAGUCCUCUUCUUCUGAAGACGAAGCAGCUGCUGCGCAGCAGCAGCAGCAGCAGCAGCAGCAGCAGCAGCAGCAGCAGGGGCGUUUCUGGGGGCCUUCUGCUUCUGUGUGGGACUACCCGCACAGGGCUGUGGACUUGUGCGCAGCGCCUGGCAGCUGGAGCCAAGUGCUGCGCCGCAGGCUUUGGAGGAACUACCAACUCAAAGUGCGGGAGUUCAACAAACUGCAGCAGCAGCAGCAGCAGCAGCAGCAGCAGCAGCAGCAGCAGCAGCAGCUGGUUCGCCCGGAGCCUCCGCUGAUAGUGGCUGUGGACCUGCAGGAAAUGAGUCCGCUGGAAGGAGUGGUUUGCAUAAAGGGAGACAUAACGCAUGCAGCAACUCGUGCUGCAGUGCUUAGCUGCUUCCAGCAGCAAAGCACUGCAGCAGCAGCAGCAGCAGCUGCUGCUGCUGCAUGCGAGCAGCAAGCAGCAGACUUGGUGGUCUGCGACGGGGCCCCCGACGUGACGGGAAUGCGCGAACUGGACGAAUGCAUGCAGCAGCAGCUGCUGCUGGCAGCAGCAGCAACAGCAGCAGCGCUGCUGCGCCCCGGGGGGGCCCUCGUGGCCAAAGUCUUCAGGGCCGAACUGGGGCCCCUUCUUUGCAUGCAGCUGGGGGCCCUCUUUGCUGCAGUUUGCUGCAGCAAACCUGCUGCUUCCCGCAGCAGCAGCAGCGAGGCUUUCCUCGUCUGCCGCGGCUUCCGCCCCACGCCCCCGCUGCCGCGCCCCCUCCCCGCCCCGCAGCAGCAGCAGCAGCAGCAGCAGCAGCAGCAGCAGCAGCAGCAGCGGGGGGUGGAGCCGCGAGAGCGCGGCGCCGACGAAGCAGCGCCCCAGCACCCGCAGCAGCAGCAGCAACUGCACCAGCAGCAGCACCAGCAGCAGCAGCAGCAGCAGCAGCAGCAGCAGCAGCAGCAGCAGCAGGUGGCGGAGCUGUGGGCGGAAGCAGUUGUGGGGCAGCUGGUGCCCUUCGUGAGCUGCGGAGACACCCGAGAAAUGGACGCCGACCGAAACUACUUGCUGCCGAGGUGUACGUACACCCCGCGGCCGCCGCUGCAGCCGCCGACGCACCCGGCCUACGAAGUGGCGCUGCGGCGGAAAAGGGGGAUUUAA